UAAACACCAAUACAAUUUGAACACUGUUCGAGCUGUUUACUGUUCGCGGAUGUUCUCUCUGGAACUCUGUACGAACCGGUUGUACGACUCGCAGUGAAGAGACAGACCCCCAACGUUGAACGAAAGAGAACAUGGCGGCAGCCAGAAUACUCAACAACCGUGGGUACAUGAGGCCAUUCCUCACUGUUCAGACGAGAUCUGGAACGAAAGGCAAAUGGAGGCGAUGCACAGGUCCUGUACAACCAUCGUCCCUUCACUUGGACUCGGACAGCGAAGAACAGUGAUUCGAGCUUCAGCCCCUGAGUUUAAAUACUUCGACCACGGACGAAGAAUUCGAUUUUUUCCUUUUCUUUCUUUUUUUCUCAAGACACUCUCUCAAGACAGACACACAACAACUACAGACCAUCGUCCAGACUUGCAUCAACAGAAACAACAACAUACCAUCGUUCAACUUGCACACGGAGAAGCCUCGCAGUAUGUCUGGACCCAACAAGGUUGCGUUUGCCUUUGACAUUGACGGCGUGCUGGUCAAUGGUAAGAACCCCAUUGCCGGUGCCCGUGAGACCCUCCGUUAUCUACAGGACCAUGGAAUCCCAUUCAUCUUCCUGACUAACUCGGGCGGCGUCACCGAAAAAGUCAACCUGGAGAAGCUUGCGUCUCGCCUCGGCGACAUCACCUUUGACGAGGCCCAGAUUGUCCAGUCCCACACCCCUUUCCGCGCCCUCGUCGACGACUACAAGGACAAGACUGUCCUUGUCCUGGGUGGCCAUGGCGACAACAUCCGCCAGGUGGCCAAUGAGUACGGCUUUCGCAAGGUUGUCACCUCUUCUGACCUCAUGAUGCAGGAUGAGCACGUUCAUCCGUUCCCCGAGAUGACCAAGGCUCACCAUGAAGAGUUUGGCCGCAAGGGCGACGACACCCAGCCCCUUCGCAUUGCCGCCAUCAUGGUCUGGUCCUCCCCUCGCGACUGGUGCCUGGACCUGCAGGUCACCCUCGACCUUUUGCUGUCCUCCAAAGGUAUUGUCAACACCCGUUCCGACAAGAACAACAACCCGGCUCUUGCUAACAAAGGUUUUCUGCAAGAUGAGCAGCCCAAGCUGUUUUUUUGCAACCCCGACUUUGAGUGGUCCACCAAGCACGAGAACCCUCGCCUUGCCCAGGGCGGCUUCCGCGAGGCCCUGCUCGGCAUUUGGCACCACGCCACCAAGGGCGCCUGUGAGCUGGAGUACACCACUUGCGGCAAGCCCACGCGCACGACCUACGAGUACGGAGAACGUGCUCUGAAGGACUUGAUCGCUGCCGACCCAGCUCUGGACGGCGCCAAUGUCACCACUGUUUUCAUGAUUGGCGACAACCCCGAGUCGGACAUUGCCGGCGCCAACACCUUCAAGAACCUGGGUAGCUAUCACUGGCGCUCCAUCCUCGUCGAGACUGGUGUCUACCGCGCUGGCACCAUUCCAACCCAGACCCCCGACCAGACCGUCAAGGACGUCAUCGAAGCUGUUGAAUGGGCUCUCAACUCCCCUGAGAAGGCUUUGCCCAUCCGUGGCGGCAAUGCUGAGGCUGGAGAUACCGCGGGUGAAGUUACUGAGGGCUAAAGGGUGCUCUACUCUCCCAGCACGGGGUUCUGAUUUUGCUGGGGCCUUUGACAAGAGAUCUACGAUAGACCACCAUGACUGGCGAUUUUCUUUGUUACGGACAGGCGUUUUUUGCUUUUGAUAGACGGACGGGACGUAAUGUGGAUGGAUCAGAGAGUGGGGGACAUGAUGGGAUAUUGUGGCCUUAUGCGGUCCACGUGGUACGUAACUUAGAUAGGU